ACACUGACAAGGCGGCAGUUCCACCAGCAGGAGGCGAUAUGGGAGCUGCUGCAGACGGAGGCGACUUACAUAAAGAAACUCAGAGUCAUCACUGAUCUGUUCCUGUGCGGGCUGCUGAACCUGCAGGAGAGCGGCCUGCUGACGGAGGUGGAGCCCGCCAAGCUGUUCAGUAACAUCCAGGAGAUCGUCCGCCUCCACACGUCACUGUGGAACCAGGUCAUGCUGCCUGUCCUGGAGAAGGCCAGGCAGGCCCGGGCUCUGCUCGACCCCACUGACCUCCACCACGGCUUCAGGACGUUUGGCUCCAGGUUCCAGCCCUACAUCCGUUACUGCAUGGAGGAGGAGGGCUGCAUGGAGAACAUGCGCACGCUUCUCAGGGACAAUGAGCUCUUCAGGACCUACGUCACGUGGGGAGAAACACACAAGCAGUGUAACCGUCUGAAGCUGGCCGACAUGUUGGCAAAGCCGCACCAGAGACUGACCAAAUAUCCACUCCUACUGAAGAGUGUUCUCAAGAAGACGGACGAGCCGUCAGCCCGGGACAUUGUCAACAGCAUGGUCGCCGCAGUCGAGGGCUUCAUCAACAGCGUGGAGUCCCAGAUGCGACAGCGUCAGGAACAACAGAAGCUGGCCACCAUCUCCGCCCGUAUAGACUCGUACGAAGCUGUAGAGGGCAGCAGUGAAGAGGUGGAGAAGAUUCUCAAGGAGUACAACCGCUUCGACCUCAUGGCUCCCAUGAGAGGAAUAUCACCAGAGGAGACUCGACAGCUGCAUCUGGAGGGAGCGCUGAGGAUGAAAGAGGGCAAAGACAGUAGGAUGGAUGUCUACUGUGUCCUGUUCACCGACCUGCUGCUAAUUACAAAGCCAGUGAAGAGAGUGGAGAAAGUCAAAAUCAUCCGGCAGCCGCUCCUCAUUCACAACGUCGUCUGUAAGGAGCUCAAAGACCCUGGCUCAUUCAUCCUCAUCUACCUCAACGAGUUCAAGAGUGCAGUGGCAGCCUACACUUUCCAAGCCAACAGCGCCGCCCAGGGGCGAAGCUGGAUCGAUGCAAUCUGCAACGUCCAGAACCAGCUCCAGAGGCUUCGCACCGAGGAGGUCCUCCGACAGCAGAACAGUCUGAAGACAUGCACGGAGGGUGACGAGGAAGAGGAGGAGGAAGAUGAGAGUAGCAACUCCACCACAAGUUCUCCAUGCCUGAGGCACAAAGAGCAGCAGAACUCAAGUCAAUCCGAUGGAUCCACUGAGACCCUGUCGGUGAUGGAAAUUGAUGAAGCAAGCGAGCCUCCUUCCCCCAACAUGAACCUCGAGGGAACCAGUAAAAAAGACUCUGAUCUGACUCCUCUGUCUGAGACAUUUGAGGUCGAGCAGUCUCAGUCCACGAGCCCCCACAGGAUUCACUCCAGUGUUUACUCCGAGCAAGAACAGGGGACGGGGCCUGACGGCGAGGAACUGGACCCCCAGUGUCGCUCUCUCUCCAUGGACAGCGCCUACGGUACCCUCUCCCCUGAAUCCCUACUGAGAGAACUUCGGCAACAGCCUGGCCAGAGUGAAGGAGAGGAGACGGAGGAGGAAGAGGGAGACAGGGAGGUCGAGGAGGCGGAGCAGGAAGGGACAGAAAUAGAGGAGGUAGAAGAAGAGCAGGAGGAAGAAGAGGAAGAGGAGGAGGAUGCUGCUUCAGUGGGGUCCCAGCUGUCAGUAGUCCAGUCCUCUAAACCUCGACGGCGGCCUCAUGUUCAGUCGCGUCUCCACUGCCUCCAGAGGCUGUCCAAUCUGACCUUAUCCCGCUCUGAGGACAAUCUGCUGCAGCGCCUCCAUGGUAAAACCCCCAACACACACUCACUCAGCUCUGAGGCGCAGGACCAAUCACAGUGUAGAGACAUGGACACGUCGCAGCUGGCACACAGUAGAAGUCUGACGGAGCUAGGCCAAAACUGCGUGGAGCUGUUUUCCAGUGACCUCGACCAGUCUGACGACUGCUUGAGUAUGAGCACGCCCUCUGACAAACUUUGUGCCACCCUGAAGAGGGCGGAGGCCAGGCACAGCCAAAUGGCGCUUGCUAGACCACGUGAGGGUAAUGAGCCCCAAAGCAACAGGUCAGACGGGGAAGUGGCUCCAUCUGCCUGCGUAGAAAGGAAAAACGAUUCAACAGCCACAGGUGAUUCAGGGGAAAUGUCACCGAAGAAGAGGAAAUCACCGGCACAGCACAAGAAGCUGACACUGGCUCAGCUCUAUAGGAUACGCACCACUCUUGUCCUCAACUCCACACUCACUGCAUCGUAA